AUGACUUCUUCCACCUCCACACGCUCUUCCCGCAAGUCGGCGUCGCAAGCUGCCCUCGCGCGUCGCCAGGCCAAGUCCAUCAGCCAGGGCCGUUCACCAACUCCGCCAUCCGAAGCGUCCUCGCAUACCAUGCGCGGCGACUCGCCUCCCUGCAACCAGCUGUCCUCUAGAUCUCCAUCUGUAGAUUCAUUCUACACGUCCACCACGGAGGGAUUCAGCGCCGGUGAACCCAGCCGUGAGUCCAGCAUGGAGAGGACUCUCACCCACGCUGCUCGAUACGACAGGGUUGUUCUCCGAGGUUACGACGUGGAAGAGUAUAUCCACCAGGACGAUCGAGAGGAAUUCGAUCCGGUCACCUACCCGGCCUCAGACAUGGGCCUUGGCGGCCAGUAUGGUAUGCCUUCCCCCGACGGCGGCAGCUCUCCUCGCAGCGAAACCGGCGCUGGGAGGACGUUGGAAGAAGUUCGUAAUGACUUCAACCAACAACAUCACAGCCAAGAGGACGGUCAGGGAUACCGUACUUCGCCACAUACCUACGGCGGCAGGUCUCCUUAUCGGCGCAACGACGACAGCACGGAGGGUCCUUUCGAUCUCUUUGACCCUAAUAACCUCAAUGUUCCCAUCCUCGAUGUUCCCAUUCAUGACCUCCCGAUUCAUGACCUCCACAGCGUCCCUGAGCCCCGUAAGCCGAACCUGAAUUUCACGCUUCCCUACUAUCCACGCGAGCCCUAUGAGGCGGAGCGCGCUGCGGCCAUGUUGGCGGAUGCGAGACGUCGGAGUGAGGCCGAGGGGAACGGCUACGCCGGGGAGUGGAGCCCCGACGUGGUGUGUAAUGACCUGUACGGUGGUCAUUCCCCAAUGCAUCUGCCAGAGAGCAAAUUUUAUAAGCGCGUUCUAUCUCCAGACCUUCACGAUGACUGGGAUGAGGAUGGUUACGACGCGUACGGUGAGGACGACGACCGGUCGAUGACUGGUAUGGAUGGCGAGGAAGUCCGGGAUACGGUGGAGCCGUACACUCCCCGUGCUUAUCCUCGCAGCCCUCAUCCGCAGGAAAAUCUCCUGAGGACUCCGUCGCCUGAUUCACGCCAGACAGUCUUCGACGAGCGCACUGGAUUUCCAGAACCAUAUGCCAAUGUCCACGAUCUGAAGCGCGGCCGCCGCGAUCUUUCCUCUUCUCCUGGUUCCAGCACUGGUCCACCUACCAAGCGUCCGUGCGAUCGAUUUGGAGCGUUUCCGACCUCUCCAUCGCCGUCUCUUUUCAAUCCUCGCAGUAGCGUCGGCCUUCAUACCCCAGCCCCAAUUCCGUUUAUUCCUCGACGUGGAUUGAAGCGUUCGGCACCGGAGGAUGAGGAUGGCCCUCUAUAUCGAGUGGAUAGCCCCGACCAUCUGGCGCCAGCCUACCGCCGUAACAAGCGCGGCCGCUUGACUCCUCCCUCUCCAAAGACGUACCAACAUCGUGGUAGUCUUGGAUUUCCGUUCCAAACGCCGCAGCGCAAGACGGACCGCGAGGUAAUCGAUCUGACCUCCCCGUCCCCCAGGCGCCGCGUCCUCUCGAGGCACUCCCCCCCCAGCCGCUCGACCUCGAGUCUCCCCCCCUUACGCGUUCCUUUGCCGCGGGUCAACUUCCACAACAACACCCCGCCUCUUCCUCGCAUUCCGUCACUCCCUCGCGAAUUGUCGCCGCGAGCUCGCGAGAUGACCCCACGCACUCGCGCCCAAUACCUUGACGACUUCAACUACUCGUCCCGUGCCAGCUCACCAGCUCCCUCCAACAACGGCUUCUCCAUCAAUCGCCUCGACCUCCUCCAGCACGACGUCGAAGCGCUGAGGGCUGAUUACACCCGCGACGUCGGCGCGCUCCGCCAGCAGCAGCUCGACUGGUUGGGCGACGUCGGCAAUAUCCAGCGGGAUUGGCAUGGCAAGUUCACGCAGACGGAGUACCGGAUGGAGGUGCUCCGUGAUGAGUUCGACGACCACGUCACGGCGCAGGAGGACCUCAACGACGCGCUGUGGGAGCGUGUAGACGAUGUGCGCGACGAGCUCAACGGAUAUCGGACUGAGGAGGAGGAGCAGGAGGAGCAGGAGGAGCAGGAGGAGCAGGAGGAGCAGGAGGAGCAGGAGGAGCAGGAGGAGCAGGCGCAUGUGCUGCACGAGGUGCAGCACAACCUGCAGAAUGUAUACGACAAGACCAAUGCAGAGGUUAUUGUUAACCUGAACAAGACAGUAGACAAGACCAACGAGCUGGAGGCCAUUAUAGGGGACAUGCGUAGGGCCAUUGAGGGCAUGCGCGGCGAAAUGGAUACGAUGAAGGGGGAGAUGCGGGGCUUGAGUGCCGAAAACGAGGAGCUGAGGGGGCACCUUGAGCAGUACAAGGAGCGCGAUGCGCAGACCAAGCGUGUGAUUGCGCAGCAUUUCUUUGGUGUGCAGGUGGAGGAUGAUGACGACGAAGAAUUGUAG